AUGUCGUUCUCCGGCCGCCGCGUUAGCAUUUUGCGCCCCUCCACCCGCCGCUUCUCACAAAGCAAGGGCUUGUCUGACAACGAACUUGCCUCCGAGACUCAUCGCCAGUUCCGUACCGCACACGAGGGCCACCGUCCCCACGCCGGCCUCGACGCCUCCCGUGCAUCCACCGGCGUCGUCUGGUGCACAGAGCGAGCUUCCGAACAUGGCUAUGCAGAAGACCCCUCCGCCUGGGCCAACCUUGGUCAGGGUGCUCCUGAGGCCGACGACGAGAUAGAAGGCAGCUUCCCCCGCCCGACGUCGAUCCCGAUUACUUCGGCUGCUCGGGAGUACGGCCCGACCGCUGGUAUCAAGCCAUUGCGCGCGGCUGUCGCACGUCUGUAUAAUGAUCACUACCGUCAAGGAAAGGAGAGCCAGUAUACUUGGGAAAAUGUGUGCAUUGUGCCCGGUGGCCGUGCUGGUUUGAUUCGUAUUGCUGCCAUUUUGGGCAACUCGUACCUGUCUUUCCCCAUUCCCGACUACUCCGCGUACUCGGAGAUGUUGAGUCUGUUCAAGAACAUCGCCCCCAUUCCCAUUCCCCUGGCUCAAGACGACCAUUAUCACAUCCACCCCAACAAGAUUGCCGAGGAGAUUGCCCGUGGUACGCAGGUACUGCUUACCUCGAAUCCUCGUAACCCCACUGGUCACUUCGUGUCGCACGAUGAGCUGGCGGAGAUCCAGGACAUUUGCCGGGACCGCGCCACUCUCAUUCUAGAUGAGUUCUACGGCGGCUACAACUAUGCCUCCGACUGCGACGGCAGCACCAUCAGUGGAGCCGAGCACGUCGUCGAUGUCAAUCAGGAUGACGUCCUCUUGAUUGACGGUAUGACCAAGCGCUUCCGUCUUCCCGGUUGGCGUAUCGCCUGGGUCGUUGGACCCAAGGAAUUCAUCGAUGCCCUUGGCUCCGCCGGCUCAUACCUGGAUGGAGGCGCCAACGUACCCUUCCAGGAAGCCGCCAUUCCCAUGCUCGAGCCCUCGCUAGUCCGCACUGAGAUGAAGGCCCUGCAGCACCACUUCCGUGAGAAGCGCGACUUCGUUCUGAAGCGUCUUCACGAAAUCGGAUUCCGCAUGAAGGAUGUGCCCCAGGCUACCUUCUACAUCUGGCUUGACCUAACUUCGCUCGACCCGCCUCUGCCGAAGGAGGCGAACAUUUCCGAUGGUUUGAACUUCUUCAAUGCUCUGCUGACUGAGAAGGUCAUCGUUGUGCCUGGUAUCUUCUUCGAUUUGAACCCGGCUAAGCGUCGUGACUUGUUUGAUAGUCCUUGCCACCACUUUGUUCGUUUGAGCUAUGGCCCGAAGAUGGAUGUGCUCAAGAUGGGUCUGGAUGGUAUUGAGCGUGUCAUCAAGCGUGCGCGUAAGGCGGGGACGGCCAAGUGGGAGGAUGAAGUUGCUAUCCAGGAUGAAUAG